CCUACAGACGCGUUUAAAAACGCCCAAGCAGGAGUCCGCAAUUACCGCGUUUUCUUUUAUCAUCACCCUGCAGCGGAACAUUAUGACGUCGUCAUGAGAAGCGCACGGGUCUUCUUUGGAGUCCCUUCGCAGCAAAAUAGUUCCUUCUUUUGCGCAGCGGCGUUGUAGACCAGAUGCACUUGUGAUUUCUGUUUUUGUUUUGGUUGUUAGAAAGCAUCCGUUUCCGACUACAGCUAUGUAGUUUCUAACUUCAAUGCUUUUUAUGAUUAGUUAAAGUUGCAUUUAACUUGCAUCUGCAUUGCAUUGCACUGUUGUCCUGGGCUGUGGAGCUGGAGGAAGUAUGGGACUGCCUGCGUUAGAGUUCAGCGACUGCUAUGUGGACAGCCCUCAGUUCCGAGAGAGGCUGAAGUCUCAUGAACUGGAAUUAGAGAAGACCAAUAAGUUCAUCAAGGAGCUGAUUAAGGAUGGGAAAGCUUUAAUUCAAGCCCUGAAAAAUUUGUCCACUGCGAAGAGAAAGUUUGCAGAGUCACUGAACGAGUUUAAAUUCCAGUGCAUUGGCGAUGCAGAAACAGAUGAUGAGAUAUGCAUUGCCAAAUCACUUCAGGAGUUUGCUGGAGUCUUACAGAACCUGGAAGAUGAGAGGACACGAAUGAUUGAAAAUGCCAAUGAUGUGUUGAUCUCGCCACUGGAGCGUUUCAGGAAGGAGCAGAUCGGAGCUGCAAAGGAGGCCAAAAAGAAAUAUGAUAAAGACACAGAGAAGUACUGCACAGUGUUGGAGAAACACCUCAGUCUGUCUGCAAAGAAAAAGGAAGCACAUCUUCACGAAGCGGAUAACCAGGUGGACAUAGUAAGGCAGCACUUCUAUGAGGUCUCGCUGGAAUACGUCUUCAAAGUGCAGGAAGUUCAGGAGAGGAAGAUGUUUGAGUUUGUGGAGCCGUUGCUGGCUUUUCUACAGGGUCUGUUUACAUAUUAUCAUCAUGGGUACGAACUGGCCAAAGACUUCAACCAUUUCAAGACAGACCUCACAAUCAGCAUUCAGAAUACGCGGAACCGGUUCGAGAGCACUCGUUCAGAGGUGGAAUGCUUGAUGAAGAAGAUGAAGGAAAACCCGGACGAACAUAAGAGCAUCAGUCCGAACACAAUGGAGGGAUACUUGUUUGUGCAAGAGAAACGUUCCUUCGUGUCCACAUGGGUGAAGUACUACUGCAUCUAUCACCGAGAGCCCAAACGCAUGACCAUGAUGCUGUUUGAUCAGAAGUCUGGGGCCAAAAGUGGAGAUGAGGAAAGCUUUACGCUGAAAUCUUGCACCAGAAGGAAAACAGACUCCAUCGAGAAGAGGUUCUGUUUUGACAUUGAAGCCGUGGACCGGCCUGGCGUGAUCACCAUGCAGGCGCUGUCAGAGGAAGACCGCAGACUCUGGAUGGAAGCCAUGGACGGAAGAGAACCGAUAUACACCCUGAAUCGUGACAGCCAGAAUGAAGCUAUGGCUCAAUUAGAUGUCAUCGGCUUCAACGUUGUCAAAAAAUUCAUCUAUGCCAUAGAAACCAGAGGUAUUGAUGAACAGGGGCUAUACAGGAUCGUCGGUGUCAACUCCAGAGUGCAGAAACUACUCAGCCUGGCCAUGGACCCCAAAACCUGUGCAGAUGUGGAGCUGGACAGCACAGAAUGGGAGAUCAAGACCAUCACCAGUGCAAUAAAGCAUUACCUCAGGAUGCUGCCGGCCCCUCUCAUGACAUACCAGUACCAGAGGAGCUUCAUCAAAGCAGCCAAACUGGACAAUCCCGAGGCGAGAGUGGCAGAGAUCCACUCCAUAGUGCACCGUCUCCCGGAGAAGAACCGCCAGAUGCUGGAGCUUCUUAUGAAACACUUGGCCAAAGUGGCCAGUCACCACCAGCAAAAUUUGAUGACGGUUGCUAACCUCGGCGUAGUGUUCGGCCCUACGCUGCUGAGGCCUCAGGAAGAGACUGUCGCUGCAAUCAUGGACAUCAAGUUCCAGAACAUUGUGGUAGAAAUCCUGAUCGAGAACCACGAACGGAUUUUCAAAGACAUGCCAGUGUCUGGAGGAGGGCAGGGCAACUCCCAGCUCAACCUGCCCAGGCGGAGAAGUACAGACAGCAAGGCCCCGUCCUGCAGUGAGAGACCUCUCACGCUUUUCCACAACCCCUCAUUUUCAGAGAAAGUCAAAGUGGAGAAGAGGAACAGUGUGGUUGUAAACUCCAGUGCAGACUUGCCAUCAGUAAAUUGCAACAGCACACUCAACUGGACUCGACUCAACAGCCUGCCUUCCGGAGACGGAGACCAAGAUGGGCUUCAGCUGUCCAAGCAGAGUCGGCCUAAUUCACUCCCGGCUUCACCCAGUCCCACCUCACCGUGCUCCCCCUCAUGGCCGAUGUUCUCUGCCCCCUCCAGCCCCCAGCUGGCCUCCAGCACCUCCAGCGAAUCCUCCCCCGUCAGUCCUCCGCUACGAAAGGCACGUGCGCUAUAUGCCUGCAAGGCUGAACAUGACUCUGAGCUGUCCUUUAUCGCAGGCACCAUAUUCGAGAAUGUUCAUCCGUCAAGAGAACCAGGCUGGCUGGAGGGCACCUUGGACGGGAAGACAGGGUUAAUUCCGGAGAACUACGUGGAGUUUGUGUAGCUGGGAGUCAAUGAAAGCGGUGAGGCACAGAGCCCGCUUU